CGUGGGGGGCGGUCGCUCGCUCGUCCGCCUCAAAGUUCGCGUGUCGCGUGGUCACGUAAAGUUAUUUUUAUUGUAAUUCCGAUUUGUUUUUAUGUCGUAUUCGAAUGUCACGUUUAUUUUGAGUUCUAUGUAUGUUUUGGUAUGAGUUAUGUGUGAUAUUUUGUGAAUAAAUAGCAAUAAUGAGGAUGACGGACACUGAAGACGAAAACAUAGAAGAGGAGGAAGGCACAGAGUUGGAACUGGAGGCAUUAUACCGUCGGUACUGCGUGCGGCUGAAGCAUGCGUUGUUCGUGUCUGCUCUGUGCGUCACGCUGCUCUGUAGCACGGUGCUGCUCUGUGCUGUGUGUAUACUACAUUCACAUGAACUAUCCCAUCAAGUGCUAUCAAUAGCGUCACUAUCGGUCAUCACUAUAGUGCUAUCCAUCGUGCUAGCGCUGGCGUUACUGCCGGCCGCAGCGGAGUGGGAAGCGCUAGCGCUAGCGGGCUCUGUGCUGGUGACAGUGAGCAUUGGAGCUGGGACAUUGAUGGCAACGCACCAUGCACCGUUGCCGCUCUUUGCGCUUAUAUUGAUGGUGCACACGAUGAUGCCCAUAGCCCGCACGAUUGCCCUGGGCAUGUCCGCUGCCCUGACGCUGGCAUACGCCGGCCUCGCCCUGGGUCUGAGGCCUGAUAAAGAAGAGGGGCAGUUUUAUCAGCAGCUAGUCUGCGAAAUCCUGCUCCUCCUGUCUUCCAACGGCAUUGGGUUAUACUACAGGGUUUUGACGGAGAGGGCACACAGAAACACAUUCGCGGGCACAAGAACAUGCUUGGAACAACGUGUGAAACUGGAGUGUGAGAAGGAACAGCAGGAGAGACUGCUGCUGUCCGUGAUACCUGCUUAUAUCGCUGCUGAGGUCAAACGUUCAAUCAUGCUCAAAAUGGCGGACGCGUGCGCGGACAGCUCAAAGCAGACAAGGUUCCACGAGAUGCACGUACAAAGACAUAACAAUGUUAGCAUACUAUACGCUGACAUAGUGAACUUCACUCCGCUGUCGGAGAGGCUCAGCGCUUCGGAUUUAGUGAAGACCUUGAACGAACUGUUCGGAAGAUUUGAUCAGAUCGCUCAGGAAAACCAGUGCAUGCGCAUCAAGAUCCUGGGAGACUGUUACUACUGCGUUUCGGGACUGCCCGUCUCGAGACCCAACCACGCUUACAACUGUGUGAACAUGGGUUUACAAAUGAUCGAUGCUAUAAGGUUCGUCCGUGAAGCGACAGGUUUCAACGUGGACAUGAGAAUAGGCAUUCACACCGGCAACGUGCUGUGCGGAGUCCUAGGGCUCCGCAAGUGGCAGUUCGACGUUUGGAGCGAUGACGUCACGCUGGCCAACCACAUGGAGUCCGGAGGAAUUGCUGGGCGAGUUCACAUCACAAAAGCGACUAUGCAUCAGCUCGGUGGAAGAUUUGAAGUGGAGCCAGGAGACGGCGCCUCCAGGGAAGGGUAUCUGGCUGACCACAAGGUUGAAACCUUCCUCAUCAUACCGCCCAAGAAACCAACAGGAUUCUGUGAGAACGGCCGCCUCUCCGUCACCACAGUGGACAGGAAGGCCAGCAUCGUGUCCUCGCUGUACCAGGAAGUGUCCCCCACCAGGACUAGGGAUAACAUCAGUCCAGCACCGUCGCAGCAUAGUUUCGUUGAACUGGAACCACCUAGGGUGCUGAGAACUGAGUCUAUAAGGACCACUGGAGAUCUAAGCAGACGGGCGUCGGUGAAGGUGGAAACGAAGAGUGUGGCCUUCGACAGCACCACCGCCACCAGCCCCGGGGAAGGUCUGGGUAACGGCAGCGUGGUCAAGCCCAAAAGCCGAAGCGGCAGCAUUAUUGGAGCCAUCAGCCCUAUCAUGGGAACAGCAACGCCGGGCGUACCCUCAAGGUCCCGACCUUCCAGCAAGAUGACAAAGUACGUGGAAUGCUGGGGCGCUGACAAACCGUUCGCCAACAUUACCGAUUCGACGCUGGCCAAGAAUAUUGGCAUUUCUAGUUUAGCAAUGAUAGAACAAAAUUUACUCCCACAAAGGACCACAUGUUGCGAUUGCAGCAAUAACUCGGAAGGCAUGAACCGUCUCACGCUCUGGUUCAAGAGGAGCAGUCAGGAGCGACAAUACCGGAACCAGCCGGACGCGCAGUUCAAAUAUAACGUCGCGUGCGCAGCUCUACUGUUCUGUUUGCUGGCGUUCAUACAACUGUUUACUGUACAAACAGGCAUAGUCCUAUACGCGUCUUUCGGCCCGACUUUACUCUCUCUGCUAGUGUUCGUCUACCUGAGCUGGUAUGACGGCCGUACGCUUCGUCGCGGCAUGAGGCCGCUGUCCCACGUGCCAGUGGACGAUAUUUAUGCGGACAACUGUACCAAACCUGGCCAGGUAGUGGCCAGUAAUCGUUUUAUACGACUGUCCAUCUUUUUAGUAACAGUAUCGCUUAUUGGCGCUUGUGCUGUUAUCAACUUGUUUCAGAGAUCAAUAAUUCCAUCUAGAGAAUAUUAUAUCGACAUGGGGAACGGAACUGAUAUGAACAACACAGACGACACUAACAUCAGACCAAUAUUGUAUUCGGAAUUGGAUGCGGCGCCUAGUUACAUCUACAGUUCAGUGUUGACAUUAGCAUCAAUAUCGGUGUUCCUCCACGUUGGCUUCGUGUUCAAAUUGGCUCUGAUGAUUUUGACUCUAAUCACACACAUAUCGUUGUUCGCGUCCACUGACUUCUUUGAGCUUUAUCAGAUACAGGAAUUGGAAUCCAAGUUCUCAAUGCUGCCGUACGCGGUUAAAGCCGGAGUGGCGCUGGUGUUCGUGGGCGCUUUGCUGCACAUCUUGGACAGGCAGAUAGAGUUCACGUCCAGGACUGACUUCCUGUGGAAGGACAAGUUGAAGUCCGAGCAAGAGGAGGUGGAGACCAUGAGGGGAAUCAAUAAGAUUCUGCUCGAGAACAUUUUGCCAGCUCACGUGGCUCAGCAUUUCUUAACAUCAGUAGCGUCUGAGGAAGAUCUGUACCACGAGCGAUACUCGACUAUAGCAGUGAUGUUUGCAUCCAUACCGAACUACAAAGAGUUUUACGACGAGACUGAUGUCAACAAGCAAGGAUUGGAAUGUUUGAGGCUGCUCAAUGAGAUCAUUUGCGAUUUCGACAAGCUACUACUGAAACCGAAAUUCAGUUGUAUUGAAAAAAUUAAGACAAUUGGCAGUACCUACAUGAUUGCAUCGGGUCUGAGGCCAGGCAAAGAAGAUAAAACUGAUGCGAACAGGAAGGAAGAGCAUACAGUCGCCAUUUUGGUGGAGUUUGCUGUAGCCUUGAUGACGAUACUGGAUCAGAUCAAUAGGGAGUCGUUCCAGAGGUUCAAACUGAGGAUAGGUCUAAACCACGGCCCGGUGAUAGCCGGAGUGGUGGGCGCCCAGAAGCCCCAGUACGACAUCUGGGGGAACACGGUCAAUGUGGCGUCGAGAAUGGACUCCACCGGCAUCAUGGGGAAGAUACAGGUCACGGAAGAUACCGCCAAAGUAUUAAUGAAUGCCGGCUACACGUGUGAGUGCAGAGGUCCCACCUACGUGAAGGGGAAGGGCACAUUAACCACAUAUUUUGUUAAAACGCCUAAUAUUGGGUGAGAUCCCUAAAUAUUAAAAAUAUA